AUGUCGAAUGUUUUGCAGGAGGAAGAUGCUAUACAGAGGGAUGUUCACAGUUACGAUGAAGCAGUGGAAUUGACUGGUCAUGGAAGGUAUAACUAUCUGCUCCUUAUCACUUGCUGCAUCAUCAGCAAUGCGGUGGCUUUGGACAUGUUCGGCUUCAGCCUGGUCGUAGCCGCUGCCACGUGCGAUCUACGGCUGGGCAUCACGGAGACCGGUAUUCUGGCUUCUGCUCCGUUUGCAGGCGUCCUGUUCGCGUUCCCCUGGGGUUACUACGCAGACACCCGGGGCAGGAGACGAGCCCUGCUGUUAUCCACGUCGGUGGGCUUCACAUUCGCCGCUGCCAGUAGUUUGGCGCCAUCUUGGCAGGUCAUGCUGGUACUGAAAAUAAUUGGGAGCAGCUUUUCUACCUCAUCAUUCACGCUGACCAUGACGUAUCUUGGGGAAUGCGUCGACAACGAGCACCGCAGCCGUUACCUCUUCAUCAUGAACAGCAUGAACCUGGCCUCCGAGAUAGUGUCCUUUGGUCUUGCGUACUUCAUUUUGCCCCUUCCCUUCCACUGGCAAAUACCCUGGAUUGCAAUAAACUACCGCUCUUGGAGAAUGUUCACGUUCAUCAUAGCCUUUCCCCUGGGCAUCGGCGCUUUUCUGGUGUUCUGUCUGUACGAGAGCCCAAAAUUCCUCGCUAAUAAGGAUGAAAAUAUAUUGGCACUAGAAAUAUUACAGAAGAUAUACAGGAUGAACGGUGGAAAGGAAGAAGAAUUUCCAGUGAAACAUCUCAGACGAAGCGUAGUCGAGAAUAACAAAGAAGAUUCAAUUUGGUCUUCAAUAGUGAAGCAAACUUUCCCGUUGUUUCGACCACCGAUGCUAUGGAGAACAUUGCAGUUAUUUUAUCUUAUAAUCCUCUGUUGUACCACGAACAACGUGUUUCUAAUGUGGUUUCCAACUAUGGUGAAUUUAUUUUUCAACUCGAUUUCUGGUGACGCGACGAACAUCGGAUUCUGUGAGGCUGUUAUACAGAAUAUCACAGUGAAUGGAUUCAAUGAGCCCGAACACGAUGUCUGCGACGAUACCAUUUCUGCGAACACAAUUUAUUCGGGGGUGAUCCUAGGGCUGGUUUUCACCACCAUCAACCUCGUCACAUCUUGGCUGGCCUCCCGGAGGCGGCUGGUGCUGAUGGUCUGCUACCUGGUGUCGGCGGUGAGCUGUGUCAUGGUGGGGCUCUUGGCUCGGCCGAUGGCCAGCAUGAUAUUCUUCGCGCUGAUACAGACGAGCGCAAUCGGCAUUGGGAGCGUCGCUUCUUACUUCGUCGAUCUGUAUCCAACCGCGUACAGAGGCCUGGUGACGAGCUUGGGAAUGAUGGCUGCUCGGCUGACUUCUUUCGCGGGGGUGAACGUCAUCGGUGUCGUCAUCUUGGAUCAUUGCAACCUCACGUUCUACUGCUGGGCGGUUUUUGUUCUGAGUGGGGUUGCCGUCGCGUUGAUGCUUCCGUCGGAUAGAAAAACGUCAGACAAGACACAAAUUGGAUGUACA